AUGAUGAUUAUGAUCCCGUGGGCAGUUUUCUACACUCAAAUACCAUUCGGAAACUUACACGUUUGCUAUCCGGCAUGGCCAGACGCCGAAACAGAAAAGGCCUUCUUUCUCGGCGCUAUAUUCCUCUGCUGCUACACAAUCCCUCUCCUUUUGAUCAUGCUCUGCUACAUUCUAAUUGGAUUUCGUGUCUGGAACCGUGAUUCACCAGGCCUGUGCGACAGAUCGAAAACGAUAAUGAAAUCCAAGAUAAAAGUGGUCAAGAUGUUAGUCCUGGUAGUUCUUCUCUUCGCUCUUUCCUGGUUGCCAAUGUACAUAAUCCGUCUGCAUAGCUAUUUCUCUCCCAAGACGCGGGACAUCAAAUGGCUGAACGAGAUUGUCAUGCCGAUUGUCCAAUGGCUUGGUUUGGCCAACAGCGGUACCAACCCCAUCAUCUAUUGCUUCUACAGUAACAAGUUCCAGAGAGGCUUCAAAGCCAUGGUCAUGUGCCAGAAAAGUAUGUAUUAUCAGAGCCAGGAUAGGCGAGGAAUGACUACAAAGUACAUGACGGUAGAAUACGCGAGCGGUCAGGUGACCAUGUCUUUAAAGCGAAAAUCAACGAACAGUAAGAAUUCCUUGUAA